AUGCGCUCAUUCAUUCUGCUGUCCGCCGCUGCGGCUCUUACGCUCGCUUCCCCUGUUCCCCAGGAGCUUGACUUCUCGUUGAUCGAUACUGUCGAGACACCCUCGAACGUCACCGUCCCUACCAACACCGAUGAGCUCAUCGUUAGCUACGACUCUGAUGCUGCUGCUGCCGCCGUUCAGACUUCGGUCCUGACUGGUCAGACUGAGAUUGAUAUCUCCAACAGCACCACCAACAGCACCAGCUCUUCCACUCUUCGCAGACGUGGUACCUGUGCUGUUCAGGCCAGCGGUUCUGGUCCUGUCCCUUCCCCCGACACCGCCUCUUCCUUCCUUUCAUACUCUGCCUUUGCCAGUGCUGCAUCGGCUGCCGCCACUCCCUCUGGCUACACCCAGGCUUUCAAGAACCUGAACGCCUCCAACAACGCCUACGGCUACCUCGGCUUCACCAACCUCGCCUCUUACGACUCGGAGAAGUGUGCUAGCAAGUGUAAUGCCAUCUCUGGCUGCGCAUCUUUCAACCUGUACUUCGAGCGUGACCCUAGCAAGGAUCCCGGAACUGGCUGCGAGGAUCCUUCAUCGACCACCAACAUCAAGUGUGUUUUCUGGGGAGGCCCACUUACCACUGCCAACGCCAACAACGCUGGCCAGUACAGAAGCAAGUUCCAGGUUGUCAUUGCUGGUUCUAACGGAUACGUUAACAACACCAUCGAGCCUGCUGAUGGCUUCACCUCGCCUUCAUACUACGGCAACACUGCUAUUGAUGCCCCCAACGACUGCAACGACAAGUCCACUUUCCUUGGAUCUCAGGUCUUCACUGGUGGCCCCUUCGAUGCCAACCUUUGCGCCGCUGCUUGCAAUGCUCAAAGCGCUACCAAUCUGAAGGCAAACAAGCCUACAUGCAAAUUCUUCAAUACUUAUAUUUUGUCUCGCAACAACGUCGCUAUUGGCCAGUACUGCAACCUCUACUCUCAGACUUGGGCAUCAUCCUACGCUACCUACAAAGGCUCCAACAGCGGCGGUAACAAGUAUACUGUUUCUUACUCUUAUGGUUUCUCUAGCUCUGCCGAUGCCGGAACUUGCAAGAAGCCCACUACUUCCACCUGGGUCAUCAGCUCUGCCACUGCCACUGCUAGCUCUACUGCCACCGCUCAGCCUACUACCUCGGGCGGCUUUAUCAACUGGAAGACUUUCCAGGCAAACGGUGCUAACCUCGGUGGCUGGCUCGAGAAGGAACAGACCCACGACCCCAUCUGGUGGGCUAGCGUUGCCAACCUCUCUACUACCCCUGAUGAGUGGACUCUCUGCCAGACUCUUGGUGACCAGUGCGGUCCCACUCUCGAGGCUCGUUAUGCUUCUUUCCUCAACCACUCGACCAUUGACCAGCUUGCCUCUGUCGGUGUCAACACUUUGAGAAUCCCUACUACCUACGCUGCCUGGGUCAACGUCCCUGGAUCUGCUCUCUACCACGGUAACCAGCAACAAUACCUCAAGGCCAUCACCGAUUACGCAAUCAACACAUACGGCAUGCACAUCAUUGUCGGUCUCCACUCUCUUCCCGGCGGUGUCAACAACCUCGACAUCGGUGAGGCUCUCAUGCACGACGACUUCUUCUACAACACCACCAACCUCAACUACGCCUACGAAGCCGUCGAUGCCAUUCUCGACUUCAUCAAGGCCAGCGGUAACAUGACUUCCUGGACUAUUGGACCUAUCAACGAGGCCUCUGACAACCUUCCUGGCUUUGGUACCUCUGCUGGUCUUACCGAUAAGGGUGCCCAAUGGGUGGCUGAUUACAUCAACGGAGUUGUUUCUCGCACCGCGAAAGUUGACAGCCGUAUCCCUGUCAUGGUCCAAGACUGUUUCAAGGGUGCUAGCUUCUGGGAGCCAUAUUUCGAUGCUUCUGCUAAUCUGGUCAUCGAUUCUCAUGUUUACUAUUUCGCCGCCGCGGGGACUUACUCACAAUAUGUUGCCCCAGCUGUUUGUGGACAAGCAUCAAGUAUUAGUUUGGCAACCAAGUUCCCCAACUUCAUUGGCGAGUGGGCCUUACAAGUAAUGUUCAACAACAAUCUUUCUGACCGUCAGUUGAUUUUCAACACCCAACGCUACGCUUGGAGCAAGUACGUCAGCGGUGGAUCAUUCUGGACUGCUGUCUCUUACUCUACUGCGCUGGUCGACGGACAAGGAACUCAGCGUGACUACUGGUCCUACAUCGAUCUGAUCAACGAGGGCGUUAUCAAGCCAGAAUCGGCAUUCAACGGUACCGCAUUCUGCUAG